GUGAUUUCAUUUUCAGCACAUUCACUGAGUGAUUAUACAUAAGGAAAAAGUAAUGCACAUGUGACUGGGAAAAUCAAACAGCUAUCAUGGAUAAAAGAACAUACCAUGCUUGUCUUGUAAUUUCUAUCAUUGUGCAGGCAGUUCCACUUCAGGCUGCAGACUUCCAGCCACUAAGACAUGAAGACAUGCUAAGCACAAUGUCAACUCAUGAGGCAAGAACAGCUACCACGAUUAGGACAAAAAUGCCCACUGUAUCCAGUAAAGAGACAGCAAACAGCACUAUAUUGCAUAAUGCAAGUUCCAACUGGAAUACAUUUGCUAUAACUGUGAAUACUACCAGCUUUUCCCCUCUGUUGUCUGAUUUUGCACAAAGCACUCACUCUCGUCAUACAAAAGCUAAGAGUUCAUCAGAUAUCACUGCUGAAACAAAAACUGAGGUGGCAACAUUUCCUACUGAGUCGUUUUUGGGAAAUUCUACACAUCAAGCCACUGUUAAAGAUUCCAAAGUCACAACUUCAGCUAUCACAUUGAAACUGACAUCUCAGCCUUCUAGAAGCAUACCACUAAUCAGUAGCAAGGGCUUGGUUUCAGUUUCAGCAAUUCCAUUUCCAGCAGAAGAAGCUGAUUUGAAGAAGUCAGAGGUCAUCCUAACAAUUGGUUUUGCCAUUGUUCUUGCAUUGACAAUUCUGGGAUUCACUGUUUACAUUCUCAAUAAAUACAAAAAGCUAAGGAAUCAGUAUUCUCAUCGCCCACUCUAUGAUGCCUCUUCUGAAAUAGUGGACAGAUAUGCUACUCCGGAUGACACACUUGUAAUAUCAGGAGGUUUGUAUGAUGCACCAAGAUUAUAUAAUCCAAACAUGACGGUAUAUGAAGAUGAUGAGCUUCAAAAUGAAAAUUUACCAUUUAGUACUCAACGUGGACAAUUUAGAUUGGAAUUCUUGCCAGGUGAACAAGAAAAUGACCUUUCCCCAACAUAUGAAACAUUUCAGAUGCCACCAGGAGGCUUAUAACGGUUGGAGCAUAGGAAGCCUUUUAAAGAGGCUAAAAUAAAAGUUUUAACUACAGUGCUCAUUAAACAUAAAAUCCAGCUCAAUUAAAAUAUGAAAAUGAAAUUAAGGAAGUAGGUUUAUUAAAACAAAGACUCUAUUAGAACAUUUCCAACAAUAGUUAACAGUCCUCUGCAACGAUUAAUGUUAUUCAGUUUGGGCCUGUUUCACUGGUGCUAUUGGUUUGGAUCCAGACGUAAAGCUCCAUCACACCACCGUUAUAGUCAGCUGUCGAGGUGAAUUGCAUGCAAAGGACUCAGAUGACACCAACCAUGUCCUGCUGUGAUUGUGAUUGUUCCCCCCCUUCACGACGUAUUUUGGUGCACAAAAAGUCCGGUCCUUCCUGUAACCCGAAAGCACACCACUCAAACUUCAAAGUGUAUUUUCAUCCAUUGUUUUCAAUCCGAUGUUCUGUGAGUGUGUUUUCAAGGGGUGGUAUUGCUGAUGAAAGUGUGUUCAAGGGGUGGUAUUGAUGAUGAGAGGGUUGUGCCUUUUCUCCUCCACCUUUGCUUCAUGACUUGCUUUGGGGUGGUGGGGGAGAGGGGGAUGCAUUGGUAACAUCAUAGAGGGGGGCUGCGUAGCUUCUCUCCCCUUCCCUUUCCCUCAAUUGGAAGUGUGUGACAUGGGGAACACAAUGCAACCUCCAGUGGCAAGUAAUAGGAAUUUUAGUUGAUUAAUCAAUUAAUCUAUGGAUUAAGUUUUCUUGUGUGUUAUAAGCAGUCCCUCUGUAGCAAGAAGAGGUCCCAUUGAACUCUAUGUUCUUACUCCUGAGUAGGCAUUUUCAUCUUAAAAGAAAUGUGGAAAAUGCACCCUCCUUGCCAGCAGCACCCUCAUGUUUAGAGAUAAAUAGAUCAAAAUUUGCUCGGUGAUAAGUCUUAAGGAGGGCUUUCAGCAUGCCCAAUUUGAAUCCAAUUGGAUCAUCCCUCGAUAUUAAGGGAUUUUUUAAAAUGGAAAUUAAAUAAAUGCUUACAUCUGUAUAAGUUUUAAAGAUAAAGAGAUCAAAAUCAGCACAGUGUUAGGUCUUAAGGAGGGCUUUCAGCAUACCAAAUUUGAAUUCAAUUGGGUCAUCCAUUAAUUUUUUUAAUGAUUUUUUUUAAAAUUACCUCCAUCAAAUCUUUUGGAGCUUAUAGUCUAUCUGUGCGAAGGACCAUAGGAGUGCUGUUCCAUUCCUUUGAUCAUGCAAAGCUGUGCAUCUUCAAGUUCAUAAACUACAGAUCUGCUUGUUCCCUUACUCAAAAGUAAAUCCCAUUGAUUUCAACUGCUAAAGUCACAUGCAGGCUUACCUUUGAGUAAACCCAUUGAACAGCAAGAGUCUUACCUCUGAGUAAACAUAUAUUCCAGCUCUAGAGAGCCAUGGAGGGCUUGUGUGUGUGUGUUUGACAGAUGGAGUAUGUAUGAGAGGUGCACCAUGUGAGGAGGGGAGAGGAAGGGGGUGAGGGGAACCGGAUUUGCCUGGUGCCCUUUCCACAAGGCUUGGAUACCAGCUGUCUCCGCAGUUGGCUGAGGAUAACAAUCCCAGGAGGGCUGCAGCGGUGACUUCUUUUCUUAUUCCAGGUGUGGGGAGGGGCUCUGUUUUGCAUCAAGGAAAGGCAGAGAGGCAACCUUGAGUCAAGCAAUGAGGAAGCGAGAGCCCCAUGUCUCUUUCCAUCGAGGUGGGCACUUUACUGAAGUGGGAUUUUCUGUCUCUCUCCAUCACACACCUUUUCUUUCUACCAGCCCGAUCCCAGGCAAUGUUCAGUGCUCCUAACCAGGACUUGCUUCUGAGUAAAGAUGUGUAGGAGGGCACUUUAUGACUUACAGGACAUAUCCACGAAACUAUUUAGGGGAGAGAAGUCCUUGUUUCCCCCAAAUCUGUUCAGCAAUAAGAGAAGCUACUGCUGAGGAAAAAGCAAAGCAACACCCUAGUAGCCCCAUGACCAUCACAGUCAGUGCAGCGGGGACGGGGAGUUGUCCAACUACCAACAACCAAUAAAGUGUAGGGGGAGGUAUGAAAGAGAUCCGUGGGUGUAAGCAAUAGCUGAUUUGUAGGUGCACAAGGGAGAAGAGGUAUAAAGAUGCACGAACCCUAAAAGCUCACAGAUGUAAGUGAUCAGUGCUUCACACGCUAUUGAAAUGAAGGGGAAUAAUACAAGGGCAAAAGUGUAGGUGUGAUGGAGCUUGUAGAGUAGACCCACUAAAAUCAAUUCAUUAAAUGGAUCUACCCUAACUAUUCAACCAAUUAUGCUUAAUUGAAUAACAUCAAUCUAUUCUGAUUCAUUUUUCAAUGAAACUCUAUUUUUACUAACCUUUUAAAAAAAUUAUUGAAGUUCUUAUCUUUUUGUAUUAACCUACAUAUGCUGCUGAGCAUGCAGGAGUCCUUUCCUCCCUCUCCCUCCCGGUCCUCAACUGGGCACACACUGGAGUGCACCAACCAUUAGUUUCAAUUACAGCCACGGGUUAUCCUUCCAUGUAUACAUCUUUCUCCUUCUAAGGGCCCUGCAUACAAGUUAAUUAUUUACAAGAGCAGGCAAGGGGCAGAGGUCGGGGAGGAAAGAGAGUUCAGCCCUACACUAAUUCUUUCCCACACAUGCAGCUGUACCUGCAGGGGGGUAGAUGAGGCCCUAAGAUUUUGGGGAAGGAUUUAAUUCUUGAAUUAUUCCAGGGUUCAAUACUUUCAUAACACUAUUUUAAAAAUAAAAGUUAAUGUAACAAGGUGCAACAAAAAUAGAGUUGAGUUUAAACAUGUUAAACAACACAAUUAGUUCUACAAUAGUAG